CGGCUAAACAUGUCUGUGUUGUUGGUGCUGGUGUGUCUGGACUUGUAGCCAUGAAAGAGUGCCUUAAUGAAGGGUUCAAGGUCACAUGCUACGAGCUGGACACGGACUUAGGUGGCAUCUGGCGUGAGAAAAGAAACGUUAAACACCCAAACACCCCUCAAAUAUGGGAGAAUCUCAUAACCAACACUAGUAAAUACAUGAUGACGUAUAGUGACUUCCCUCCCUUAGCUGAAGACACACCGUUCUUUAAAGGUCAGGAUGUGUAUGAGUACUACAAGAGAUACGCCAAAGCCAAUGGAAUUCUACCUUGCAUUCAGUUUAACACAAGAGUCAUCAAAAUCCGCAAGACACGUGACCACGAGAAAACUGGCCAAUGGGAGGUUUUUUCAUGUCCUGCUAGCUUGUUUAGUUCUGAUGACGUCGGUAGUAAAGACAAAUCUAAAGACAUAGAUCUGGACAAGUGCCAGAAACUUGUCGCUGAUUUUGUUCUAAUAUGCAGUGGAUUAUUUAAGUAAGAUAUUAGGGACA